AUAUAGCAACAGUAAACGGGAAAGCACUGAGAUGGCUCCAAUCCUUCCUUUCAGGCUGCACCCUGAGUAGUGCUGGACGAACGUUCCUCUGCCAUCAGAGCACUCGGUUGUGCAGUUCCACAGAACUCUGUUCUUUCCUCAUCCUAUUUAACAUCUGCAUGAAGCCACUGUGUGAGGACUCUAUGGACUCAAGUUCCACAAGCACACAAAUGACCCCAUAUCUCAUUUACUUCCACUGCCAACUGAACCAUCUCUCAGCUCUUUUGUUGUCUAGCUGAGAUCAGCGUGUGGAUGAAAAACAGCUGGCUGAAGUUGAACCCAAGCAAGAUGGAUAUGUCAUCUUAAAGAUCUAACUACCACUGUAGCAUCACUCUGUUUUGAUGGAGCCUGCUCUCAAGUACCAAGCUGGUUCAUAGCCUCCGUGUUCUACUGAACUCCUUACUACUGCUGGAUACUCGGAUAGCAAUGGCUGCUAAAAGUGCUUUUUUCUGCAUGUACCCCAUACUGCUGCAGAAUAAUUUGGCCACAGUGAUUCAUGCCCUUGUGACCUGAAGACUUGACUACUGCAUUUCCCUGUAUUAGUAGUUCACUGACUGGCCUCAGUUGGUCCAAAUGCAGGACCAUGUUUCUACAGCAAAACAAAUCAGCAAUGGCACAUCACCCGGGUCCACUGCUCACUGUACUGGCUUUCCCAUAGAAUACAGGUCAUAUUCAAGUCUCAGCUUUAAGGCCUGUGGAAUUGACCCAAGAUAUGUGUCUCCAUUGACAGUUAUAUGUUAGCUGUCGUGUAUGAGAUGGGGAGAUGGUUUUCUUGGCAGAUGGCCCAAGGAGGAAGCCUUUGCUCUUGUUUCAAAGCUGUUGUCUCAAUGUAAACUUGAUCUGUUGGAAGAAUUUGUAUCAAAAGAGGUACUUCAAGUGUUGGAGGAGAAGCUUUCUUCAUUGUCUGAAAACCACAGGAAUGCCCUGGCUGCUGACAUGGAUGAAAUAAUGUAUACAACAGAAGGAGAUGUUGGCAUUUACUAUGAUGACAGUGGAAGAAAGUUUGUUAGUAUCCUGAUGCGCUUCUGGUAUCUAACUAGUGCUGACCUUCCUGAUGAGGCUCCAGAUGGAACCAAAGUUUUCCACGUUGUAAUUGGAGAUGAAACUGUGAAAAAAACUAAACAUCUUCUAACAGCAAACUAUGAGUUCCGAAGGGAAUUUACACAAGGAGUGAAGGCAGACUGGACUAUUACACGGAUUGAGCAUCCAAAGCUAUUAGAAUAAAUUUCUUGUACAAUGACUUUUAUGGACCCUUAUAAAUCCACUGGCAUACCAAAGGUGUCAAGCUUUUUUGGUCUCCCCACAACAAUCUCUUUUCAGGAUUAAUUUUAUAUUUUUUAAUUCCCAAAAUACUUUUGAUUUUAUCAUAUACAGUAUAUUGCUCUGAAAGAAUAACAAUAAAGCCUUUUCCAUGAGUCUCUGAA